CCUGGAUGUGACGUUUAACACAUGCCGUAUUUCUCACAUUACACAGCACACUGCAAGGAAUCUGGAGUGGGCAGCAAGACAAGUGGUGCACUCACAACAUAUAUUUUGUGAGGUGUUCAUCCUCCAAGAAACAUGACGGACACCAAACGUCUCGCGUUUUCCAUUGUUCAGUUCCUCCACGACCAGCUGAACUCUGGUGGCCUGUCCUCAGACACCCAGGAGAGUUUAGAAGUCGCAAUCCAGUGUCUUGAGACAGCCUUCGGUGUCUCAAACGAAGACGAACAUCUUGCUGUCACCCAGACCUUACCAGAAAUCUUUGCCUCAGCUACACCCUGUCAACCGGAUACACCUGAAGCCAAAAUCAACUCGAGUGGACACUCCCCCUCAGAAGAGCAGGUUGCAGAAGCUGAACGCCUCAAAACCGACGGUAAUGACCAAAUGAAAGUAGAGAAUUUCGGCGCUGCAGUGGAAUUCUACUCAAAGGCUAUUGCACUUAAUCCUCAAAAUGCAGUCUACUAUUGCAACAGGGCUGCUGCCUAUAGUAAACUGGGCAAUUACGCGGGAGCUGUCCAGGACUGUGAACAAGCCAUCACCAUAGACCCAAACUACAGUAAAGCGCAUGGGAGAAUGGGGUUGGCAUUAGCAAGUCUAAACAAACACACAGAAGCGGUCAGCUACUACAAGAGGGCCCUGGAGCUGGAUCCAGAGAACGACACCUACAAAUCCAACUUGAAAAUCGCAGAACAGAAAAUGAAGGAAACGCCAAGUCCGACAGGGGGAAUGGGUGGAGUGGAUCUCGCCGGUCUUCUCAGCAACCCUGGAUUCAUGAACAUGGCAUCAAAUCUGAUGAAUAAUCCCCAAGUCCAACAGCUGGUGUCGGGGAUGAUGUCUGGAGCAUAUCAAGGAGGCGCCCCCCCACCAGGAGGGGCUGCGGCACCACAACCACCAGCUGCAGCAGCAGGAGGAGGAGGUGCAGGACCCGGGGCAGGAGCAGGAGCAGGAGCAGCGGGGCUGGGGGCAGGAGCGGCGGGCAUGCCCGGAGGAUUAGGAGGGCUGGGUGGCAUGCCCGGAGGACUUGGCGGACUAGGAGGAGGUCUUGGAGGAGGUCUAGGAGGAGGACUUGGAGGAGGAGCAGGACCCGGAGGACCCAAUGACCUCUCUGGCCUCAUCCAGGCAGGCCAGCAGUUUGCCCAGCAGAUGCAGCAGCAGAACCCGGAGCUGAUCGAGAUGCUGAGGAGUCAGAUGCGUAGCCGGCCACCCAGCGCCAGCAACGACGAGCAGCACUGACACACACACUCACACAGGUGAGAACACUUCACAAGGCCACCUGAAGCCAGACAGACCAUCUUUUUUAUUUGUAUUAUUGUUGCUAGACAACAACAACAACAACAACAGCAACCACACGUUAUGGCGGGGUAUAAACGAGCACGCCCGGUUCCCAUCUAUGACUACCCCCGUCCAGACUCCCAGCCAAUGAAACACACACAUAAGACCGAGCUAGUCGCAAGUGUCUGGACUCGAAGCAGGAUUCAAGCACCUCUCUUAGGCACCGUCACCGUAGCACAUGGUUAUGUGUUUUGUCUGUAUGUAUAACAUGGGCUACUCAACUAACACUUGCCAUUGAACCGAGUCAUAUCUUGAACCACCUGCACCCAAGUGAUUUUUUUUAUAUAUACAGCAUAUAUAUAUAAAGAGCCCCAAUCUUGAACCUAUCUGUGAAGCGAGGGAGCAGAGACUGUUCUGUACUAAGAGAAGGGGGAUAAACUUGACAUGGGACCUGGAAGCCAUUUGUAAAAUGGAAUGCCUCAUAGGAUUUAUGUAUUGUCAUCUCCUGUAAGUUUUUUUUCCUGAUGCAGUAUGGUGAUGUUACACUGUUGGUGUGUCAACAAGUGACAGUUAAUGAAGGUAUAUCAACAUGUGACGGAUGCCCUUUUUUGUUUGUCCCACUAUAUUAUCAUUUUGAUUAAAAUUUGAAAUUUUA